AUGACCUCGCUUCUUCCUCAAGGCAAGCAGAUUAACCUGCAACUGGGAUGGCCGUCCCCUUCUCUCUUCCCUUCAGCGUCCCUGAAUGCUGGCGCCGAUGACGUCCUCAGAGACUUUGACCGGGCCACGGCUGCUCUAGUCUACGGACCCAAUCGAGGAAACGCACCUCUACGCCAACAGGUUGCGCGAUGGCUGGGAUCCACGUACCACAAAGAUGCCCACGCCAUCGACGAAGCGCGCGUGUGCAUCGCCGCUGGCGCUUCUCAGAACUUGGUCAAUGCUCUCAUACGCUUCACAGACCCCACGUACACCAGGCGCAUCUGGAUGGUCGAGCCAACGUACUUUCUGGCUUGUCCUGUGUUCGAGGACUGCGGAUUCGCUGGCAAGCUGCGUGGAGUCCCCGAGGACGAUGAGGGCAUCGACUUGGACUUUCUUCAAUCAGCCCUGGCGGAGACAGAGGCAGAGGUUGCGGCUCAUGGCGAGUCGGAUGAGCCCAAGCUGAAGUCAGGGGCAAACGGCUACCAGAGGAUUUACAAACAUGUCAUAUACGUUGUACCGACGUUCUCGAACCCAAGUGGCAAGACCAUGUCCUUGCAGCACCGGUACGACCUUGUGAGAUUGGCUAUCGAGUACGACGCUCUAGUCAUAUCAGACGACGUUUAUGACUUCCUCUACUGGCCUGAGGAGAGAGGACAGACGCUUGACCUAACCACACGCGUUUUGCCCCCACGACUAGUGGACAUCAACCAUGAGAUCGACCCUCAGAGCAAAUGGGGAAAUACCAUGAGUAAUGGCUCAUUUUCCAAGAUCGUCGCCCCAGGCGUCAGAACAUCGUGGGCGGAAGGGACACCAGCCUUCGCGACGUGGCUGGCCAACACUGGCGCCACAACUUCGGGCGGAAAUCCUUGCCAUUUCAUGUCCACCUGUAUCGAAAACAUGCUUGCCACGGGAGCACUUGAGAAGCACAUCCGAGACACGCUUAUACCUUCCUACUCACUACGGUACUACGCCAUGGUCGACGCUGUCAAGGAGCACCUCGAGCCCUUGGGCGUCCGCAUAAGCAGCGGCAAACCAUACGUGACGAGCUUCUUUCUGCUGCUCACCCUGCCAGAGAAUCUUCCAUCCGCGACAACACUGGCCAAGGUUGCAAUAGAUCAGCAUGAUCUGAAGUUUGCGCAUGGGAAAAUGUUCGAGGUGAAGGGAGAUCCGGGGAGCAAGCAAAGAUCAGAUGCCACUUUCGGACGCACUAUAAGGCUGUGCUGGGCAUUCCACGAGGCAGGCGUUAUCGUGGAGGGCAUAAAACGCAUGAAGCUGCUACUUUCCGAGCACUUGCCGGCUUGA